AUGCCUCGUCAUCUAACUAAUGACGCGCAUGAAUGGAUUAACGAGAUUCGCACUGUCCCUAUCUACUAUCUGGCGAAACCACAGCCAAGGGAACGGGCUUGGCGAAUACAGCGGGGAAAGAAGACCCUGUUGAGCUUAACUCUACCGGCGGUGAAAUAUACCAUUACUUUCAACGAUUCUUUACUUAUUCGGUAA